ACAAACAAACAAAAACCCAGUCAGUAUGUCAUUUCUCAUCCAGACAUUGUUGUUUAGUUUUACUGUGCAUACAUACAGUUUUUGAGGUACUUAUACUUUAAUUUAGUGUACCUAAGUAGUGUACUUGUACCUUUUCUCCACUGCAUGUAUCUGACAUAAAUAGCCUAUAACCUAAAUUGAUUCAUUGAUUCAGUGUUUUAGAUUAAACUGCCUACCAGUAAGUAAAGAAGUAAGAAAUAGCUCCACAUUGACCUACUAUGCUGCUUACACGUAAACGCAUCAGUAACUCAGUAGUUACACAACGCUGAAAGAAGUCGUCCUGUCUUCAUAAUACGCAACUUUUACUUUGCUUUCACUACAUUUACCUACUUCAGUGUUUUACUUAAGUAACAUUUUAAAAGCCAAUAUUUUAACAUUGUGAUAUUGCUUCUUAGAGUCAGGUACUGAAACUGACUACUAAGCACUUCUGUGAUGUUGUUUAUUGGACUGUCAGACAGCUGUUGUGAGCGAUCCACCAAAUUCCGAAGUGAUGAGGAGAGUUCAGUGUCCAUCGGUUGUCCGUAUGAGUCCCAGUACCAGAACAAUCUAAAGUACAUCUGCAGAGGAAACCAGCCCUCCACAUGUCUGGAGAAGGCGAUAAUCACCUCUGGCAACCAUCAAACUGGACAGUUCAGACUUAGUGAUGACAAGGUGUCGAGGGAAUUCACAGUUACCAUCACUGGUCUGACCCAAAACAAUAUUGGGUCGUACCUUUGUGGUGUCCAUGGAAGCACUGGCCUGGAUGUUUUCUCUGCUUUUGAGCUAGAAGUCAAAGAGUGGUGCUGUGUGAGGUCAAACAAACUGAGCGGCAUUGUGGGACGCCCAGUGACUAUGCAGUGUCCCUACCCACCAAAACACAGCGACAACAGGAAGUUCCUCUGUAAGGGAGACUACCGCAACAACUGCACAGAAAUAGUGACGAGUCAAAGCAGGUUCACGCUGCAGGAUGAUGUUUCUUCCAGCUCUUUCUUGGUGAUAGUCACAGAGUUGAAAGCAGAGGAUGCUGGGACAUACUGGUGUGGUUCAGACUCACAGUGGAGUGUUGGAAACUACACCAAGAUUCAACUGUCAGCAGUCUUUCCACAGCAAACCAGCACUGAGAUCUCUACCAUCACUGUGGUGGAACAGGUCGGAUCACAAUCGACACUUAUCCCUGGAAAGCAGAUCAAAGCUAUUUCUCACUUUGUGGUUUUCAUCGUGCCGGCUGUGCUGCUCACACUGGCGUUGGCGUUGGCCAUAGUCUAUAAAUACAAAUGUAACAAAGUGCAAGGAGCUGGAGCCAACGUGAACAGAGGCAAGGCAGCCGAAACAGAGGAAGGGAUUGCUGUAUCAGAUAUUUAUGAAAACCAAGACGUAGUUUGCUCAAAGCAAGACUCCUCCAAACCCAAGAGCGCCUGUCAACACGAUGAUGACGCAAGUGAAACCCAACAAGAGUGUGUGUACCAAAACUACACAUCAACAGAGGAUAUCUACACCAAUCAAAUUCAAAUUGAAGCCAAUAGAAGAUGAACAGCAUGCACAUCUGGGAUCAAACCUUGCAUUUUGGGUUCAAAUCUGUACCCAAACGAUCCAGUUUGUAUUGUGUCUAUUAACAGCUGACCAACACAUUUCACGUACCGCUGUGGUCUGAAACUACAGUACUAUGAUUAUUUUACAGAUGUGUUUUAUAAUUACCAUCAGUUAUAUUAAGUACUUGUAACAUUUGUUUGAUUAUUUGCUUUAACUUUCAUUUUACACUCAUAAUGAUUGCUUAAUUUUAAUACAACAAACUGUUUAACUUACCUGCACUCCUUUUAAUAUAUUGUGGAUGAGCAUUUCAGCUUAAUACCCCAAAUGUAAGUCCUCUUUAUGUAUAUUAUAUAUAUAGUAUAUAGUAUUGUUGAGGUAUCCACCAUGAAUGUCCAAGACACACUACACCCUAAGAACUCCCUAUUUGCUAUUAAAAUAAUUGAUACACCAUUUGAUUAAUCGAUUUAUUGAAAUUAUGGAUUAAACAAAUACGUGCAAAAAGGGGAAACUGUAGUUUUGCUGCAUACUGCAGAUUAACUUUCUAACACCUCUCAUUAAGCAUGAAGGCAGCGUCUUGUGGUUUGAGCAAGUCUUCGAGGUGCAUUAUAAUUUAACACCUAACUAGCAAGGAACAUGGACCCUAUGGCCUCUAGAAAAAGAGGAAAUCCUAUCUCAAGGUGUUAUUUGUAUUUUAUGCGAGUUGUCUAUUUCUCUUUUUAUUUCUAUGAGUUACGAUCUAUUGCUUAUGAUCAGCCUAAGAGCCUUAUACUUUCAGAUAUCAAUAUACUCGUUGCAUGUAAUCCCAUAUUGCUUAGAGACGUUUCAAUUAUUAAAUUGCUUUAAUGUGUGGCUUUCUAUCUAGCAGAAAAUCAUUAGAAAAUCUAAAUUUUUUACAUCAUUAAAAAGUAGGUAUGUCAGAAGGGAUAAUAAGACUAUGAGACCUGUUUAGUCCAAUGAUUAAAGAAUGAUCUGAGGUUGCAGAAAGCACCAAGGAGAAGGGUACAAAAAAGGGGGAGACAACAAGGAUCGGGGUCUUCUGGAAGCUCUUCUUCAGGCUUUUAGGCUUUUUUGAGAACUUGGUACAUUUGAGAUCUUGUAUGAUCUAUUAUUUCAUUUUUAUUCUUCAUUUUUGUAACUUUUUCUAAAUUUUUUGUAAAAAACAAAUAAAACUGGAGUGUAUUUUGUGCAUUCCAACCAAAGUCCAGUGUUGCUCGUCUCUGGUGGGGCCCUCGUAG